ACACCCACCGUCAAAUCGUUUAUAGGGUACAGAAGUUUUGAUCCGGCUAAUAUUUGUACUUUCAGUUCAUCCCAGUUAGAAUGACCUUAUGAACGGUUUGAUGGCAUAUAAACAUCGUGGUUGGCCCCCUGACAGUUUCAACGGCCGGCAUCUUCAUCUCCACUUCCUCUGGUGUGGUCCACUUCAGUUUUGGAUCCGGCUCAUUUUUGGGAUCCUGUCUUAACAUGAGCUGGAUAAACUGAUGAUGGACGGCGCGGAAUUCUCACAGACAUCUCAGUGGGCCCCACGUACCUUCCGUGCAUUUGAAAACCUGAAAGUGGUUUCUAUUUUUCAUUUGUUUCUUUUUUCUCAGUAGAAAUUCUCUUCCAGCUGUGAGCUGUUUAUAAGCAUCCAAACGACCCGUCUGCUCCCUCUGUGCUAAUUUUUCGUCCUGACAUCAAUUUCUCGCUUUUUAUUUUUUAAAAGUUGGAAAAUCUCAGGAAGUUCUUCCAUGGCGGCAGCAGCAGGAGGACAUGGCGGUUGGAAGCUGGAGCAGAAGCAUGGGAAGUCGAGAGUUAGGGUUUCCAGGGUUUGGAGAAGAAGAGAAGGCGGGCGAGACUUCAUUGUCGAAUGGAAUGUCUCUGUAAGCCUUCUCUCCGAUUGUAUCCCCUCCUAUGUGGACAGCGAUAAUUCCAGCAUUGUUGCCACCGACACCAUGAAAAACACGGUAUAUGCGAAAGCAAAAGAGUGCUCAGAAGUUAUUUCUGUGGAGAACUUCGCAAUUUUACUUGGGAGGCACUUCACAUCAUUGUAUCCACAGGUCACAACUGCAAUAAUAAAAGUAGUGGAGAAGCCAUGGGAACGUGUUGUUAUAGAUGGUCAACCUCAUGAUCAUGGCUUUAAACUUGGAUCUGAGAGACACACUACUGAAGUAACCGUGAUGAAGGGGGGUGAUUUGCUGGUAACUUCUGGUAUUGAAGGGUUGGCUUUGCUAAAAACAACCAAGUCGGGCUUUGAAGGAUAUAUCAAGGACCAAUUCACGCUUCUCCCAGAAACAAGGGAGAGGAUAUUAGCUACAGAGGUCUCUGCUUCAUGGAGGUACUCUUUUGAAUGCCUUUCUAGGAUUCCUGUUAAGCCACUUUAUUUCACAGAAAGACACCUGGAUGUGAAGAAAGUUUUAAUGGAAACGUUUUUCGGCCCACCAAAAGAGGGUGUCUACAGUCCAUCCGUGCAAAACACUCUCUAUCUUAUGGCGAAUGCUGUUCUCCACAGGUUCCCAGAUAUAGAGUGUAUCCAACUUAAAAUGCCAAACCUCCAUUUCUUACCAGUCAAUAUGUCAAGCAAGGAUAAUCCAACCAUGGUUAAGUUUGAUCAUGAUGUCUAUACACCAACGGACGAGCCACAUGGAACAAUCGAAGCAACCUUGAGCCGUGCACAAUGCAAAUUGUAGAGUCUCUUGCCAUAUAUUUCUGGAUACACAAAUAAAGUUCUGGUCAUAAGCAGGCCUCGUCAAUGAAUAACUGCUAUGCUCUGGAGUUUGUCCAUACAGCAGCCCAUCAAUGCCGCGAGGAAAUUGCUUCGGUCUGUUUGUUUAUCUUUCUUUUCAAAUAUGAUCCAAAUAACAUUUCAAGUGACCAAGUGAGUAAAAGGAAACAUGGUAUUUCAGUAUAAGGUAUCUAAUAAUAUCAAAUAAAGCAUUUUUCUUCUUUGGUUAUCUA